AUGCCGCCCAAGACGAGAGCGGGGGUUCAAAGCCAGAAGCAGAAGGAAAAGCUCGCCAACUCCUACAAUGAAUUACUCGAGGAAUUCUCGUCCAAGGACCUUCGAAGCGUCGGAAAUUACACUCUAGGGAGGUUGAUCGGGAAGGGAUCGUUCGGCAAGGUGUACCUCGCGUCGCACAAGCUCACCAAUGGCUCCAAGGUGGUGCUCAAGUCCUCUAGCAAGGAGGACACCAACCUCGCGCGCGAGAUCCACCACCAUCGCCAAUUCCUCCACCCCCAUAUCGCACGGCUCUACGAGGUUGUGGUGACGGAGAGUUUAGUUUGGCUGGCCCUUGAGUUCUGUCCUGGUGACGAAUUAUACAACUACCUCCUCCGCCACGGUCCGCUCCCGGUCGACAAAGUGAAGCGGAUAUUUACUCAGCUGGUGGGAGCGGUGGCCUACGUUCAUAGCAAGUCAUGUGUACACCGGGAUCUGAAGUUGGAGAACAUACUGCUGGACAAGCACGAGAACGUGAAGCUCUGCGAUUUCGGAUUCACGCGCGAGUAUGAAGGGAAAGCGAGCUAUCUGCAGACUUUCUGUGGCACAAUCUGCUACAGCGCCCCGGAGAUGCUGAAGGGAGAGAAAUAUGCCGGCGAGAAGGUGGAUGUCUGGAGCUUGGGAAUUAUUCUCUACGCGCUCCUGGCGGGCGAAUUACCCUACGACGAUGAUGACGACCAGGUCACCAAAAAACGGAUUUUGUCGGAGGAACCGGUCUACAACGACAAGUUCACAGACGAGGCCAAAGCAUUGAUCAACCUGCUUCUGUCCAAGCGGCCCUUGAUUCGACCGAGCCUGGAAGAAAUACUUGCCCAUCCGUUCCUUUCGGAGCAUGCUCCUGAGCAGCUUGCUAUCCUUAAAAUUCCUCAACCGUCUCCUUUCACCACGCCCCUGGAAAAGACCACACUGCAACGAAUGAAAAGUGCGGGAGUCAAUAUCGACGAGGUCAUCGAGAACGUUCUGGCCCAGCGAUGUGAUCCCUUGGCUGGAUGGUGGGCACUGUUGAUUGAGAAAGAGCAACGGAAGGAACAGAAGCGAGAGCGCAAGCGCCGAGAGCGAGAGACCGAGGCAAAGAAUAUCCGUCGUCUAAGCGCUGCUAGCAGCCGGCUUGAGAAACUGUCAUCGGCCUUGCUGGAGGUGGACGAAGAAGGCCACGUGCAUCCGGCCACUCAGCUGUCAGAUCGUGGGCGUCGCGACAGGCGAAGCCUGCCAUCACAGCUGGCAGUUCCAGAACUCCCAGCACUUCCCGAGCCUCUGCCUGUACGCACGCCCGAUUUGAUCAGCCCCCCUCCGCCUUUUGACAAGGAAUCCAUUCGUUCGAACACUUCCGCUUCAGUACGACGACGUCCCAUUCCUCCGCCAAAAGACAAGCGACGAUCAAGGCCGAGCAUGUUGCAUGUGAGUGCAUCGCAGCCAGAGUUGGCACAGCAUCAUGGGAUCUUUCGUCGUCGCACCAAUCGGCGACACAAUCCGAUCAUCAGCCAGCUAGCGUCCUUGAAGCAUUGGUUUGUCGAAUCAGCCAAGCGAGCCCGAUCUCCGAAUGCCAAGUCAGCCAGCUCACGCAAGUUUCUCUCGGAAAAAUUCAGUCCAGCGAAGAGCCAGGAUAGUGGGAAAAAGCCCGUUUCGUCAUCUCCUGCAGGCAAUCUAUCUGAGGAUGUGGUCACACCUACCCAGGUCAAGCGUAUCUCUGCCACCAGCAGCCUAGCGCCCAGCAGUGCCUCUUAUCGACAAAACCGGCACUCAUACCCUCGCCAGCCUCGAACGUUAAACAGCAGCCACGGUGGCAAUCGAAACUCGCUUUCCCCAUCGCCCAUCACUCCCCGCGGGUCUUACAGACGCUCCUCUGUUGGCUUGCGCGGCCGCAAGUCAACAUCCUCGUCUGUCUCGUCAAUACGUAGUAUUCAUCACACGCGUGCUCACUCCAAGGCAUCAUCAAUCUCAUCCAACAGUAUCGACACCGUGGCGACCCCAACGGCGCGGAUCUCCAAAUCCCCCCACUCAUCAAUCAAGGUCCUGCCUACAACCCCAGGCACUUCUGCUCACUUCCCAAGCAACAUUCGACUGGUGCGUGGUCCCAGUGGAGGACACAGAGGAAUACAGGAGAAUCCUGGGCCAUCAGCCUUCAAUGAAGCGGUGCCUGCGCAGUUACUCUACUCGCCUUCUUCGAGCCUGGUGUUUGCGCGACGGAAACGAUCUACGUUUAAGGGACCAAUGAUUCACACGUCGAACUUGGUAUCACCUGCAGGAAUGGUACACUCUCCUGUUCCUGGUCAACCUGACGGGGAAAGUAGUAUCUCCGCGGGCCGCCCUGUAGCGCGGAAGAGCCAGAUCAUCGAAGAAGAGGAAGAUGCCGAGGACCGAGAGGAGGAAAUCGAGGAGGUCGAUGAGUUUGAUGGUCCUGAGGUCUCUGGCUCUGCCCAGCCUAACGAAGACACCAAGAGUUCCUCGCUCGACCCUUCUCCAGAACUCGAGGCAAGCCCCAUACGUCCUCCGCGUUCGUCCUCGCUGCGCUCCCCUGCGACAAGGGCAACUGCAACAAUUGCUGCAGUGACUGAAUCCACGGAAUCUGCGCCAGCGGAUGUCACUUCUACCGAACAUACUGGUGAUGAGGCCACCGAGACGGCCACUCCCACAAAAUAA